UUGAAAUCGACUCGAAGACGAAGAAAAAUGAGAUUCGUUGGAACCGAACCUCAUCGGAACUGGUUUGAAACCAUAUCAGAAUCGGAACCAGGAGGAUCCACCAAGUGAAAUGAAGGGGUGUAGUUGAUAAGAAGUGAGGUUGAAAUAUGUUGUCAUGUCCUGAUCAAUUUUUAGCAUUAGCAAGAUCAAAGAAAGAGUAACAAUUAAAGACAAUGGCAAUAAACCUUCAAGCCAUUGGAGCCAGCAGAGAUUACUCAGUCUCUCUUCCUUCUUCUUCACUCUCUGCUUCAAAUUUCAAAAGCCAACGGUCAUUUCUCAUUCAUAACAAUCAUAAAAACUUAAUCUUGCAAAAAUCAAACACCAAUCUCUCACUUUCUGCUUCAAAUUUCAAAUCUCAAUGGUCGCUUUUUACCCCUAAAAGUACAAUCUUUCAAAAAUCAAAUACCGUUUUCAAGGUAGUUAAAAGCAGGGUAACUUGCUCUGCUGAUAAAACUUCUCCGGCAAAAAAGUUGCGUCAGAUUCUUGAAUCGCCUGGAAUUCACCAGGGUCCAGGUUGUUUCGAUGCUCUUAGUGCUAAGCUUGUGGAGAAGACAGGGUUUGAUUACUGCUUCACUAGUGGAUUUUCAAUAUCAGCUGCCAGAUUGGCAUUGCCUGAUACUGGCUUGAUUUCCUAUGGGGAAAUGGUGGAUCAGGGGCAACUAAUUACUCAAGCUGUGUCAAUUCCUGUCAUUGGGGAUGGUGACAAUGGUUAUGGAAAUGCCAUGAAUGUCAAAAGAACUGUCAAGGGAUAUAUAAAAGCUGGAUUCGCAGGAAUCAUUCUUGAAGAUCAGGUAUCUCCGAAAGCUUGUGGCCACACACGUGGUAGGAAAGUAGUGUCUAGAGAAGAAGCAGUGCUACGGAUAAAAGCCGCUGUUGAUGCUCGGGAAGAGAUUGGCUCGGACAUUGUUAUUGUUGCACGAACUGAUUCUCGACAAGCAGUGUCCUUGGAAGAAUCACUUUGGAGGUCAAGAGCUUUUGCUGAUGCAGGAGCAGACGUUCUUUUUAUUGAUGCACUAGCUUCAAGAGAAGAGAUGAAGUCCUUUUGUGAAAUCUCUCCCCUAGUUCCCAAAAUGGCCAAUAUGCUUGAAGGAGGGGGGAAGACACCUAUACUCAUUCCUUUGGAACUUGAGGAAAUUGGUUUUAAACUUGUAGUUUACCCUCUUUCCUUGAUCGGGGUAUCUAUACAAGCAAUGCAGGAUUCACUAACUGCCAUUAAAGGAGGUCGGAUUCCUCCUCCUGGAAGCAUGCCAUCUUUUGAAGAACUUAAGGAAAUCUUGGGCUUCAACACUUACUAUGAAGAAGAGAAGCGGUAUGCUACCAGUACCAGCCAGACACUUCGGCCAGGAGGUUAUUCAUCAACCAGCAGUUAUGUGUCCGAUAUACAACAGAGGACUCCAGAUGUUACAGAGCAGAGAAGUCAAAGUCCUCAAGAUCCUGUUGUUGAAGUCAUAACUCCUGAUGUAUACAAUAACUAUGGUGCAGAUGGUUCGAGAAAUCCUUUUUCCGGCAUCUGGUCUCGGACACUGAGAGUCAAAAUAACUGGAAGAGAUGGAUUUGAAAAACUUGACGUUAGAAUUCCUGCUGGGUUUUUGGAAGGAAUUACAAACAUCGUUCCAGCUUUAGGGGGUGUCAACAUUAAAGAACUCCUGAAUGAUGCGGCUGGAGAAGUAGGAGGCAAGUUGUUGUUGGAUUUUAAUGAUACAAUAGGUGACAGGAUUCAAGUUUUCCUAGAAUAAGCUCGUUCAUCGAAUAAGAGAAUUAAAGAAGUGAAGUGGGAAAUUUUUCAAGUGGAUAUAUGACCUGCAAAUCUGUCAAAUGCAUAGCUGAAGGCUUUACGUGCACUCUAAAUUCUGGAGGGUUCCUUCACAUUCUUCCUCAGUUCAGCAACCAAUAUGUAGUAGCAGUGCAAAAUUUCAAAAUUCACCCCAUAUUUCGAUUUUGUUCUUUAUUCUAGUCUGAUGAAUUAAUAUAUACAUGUUAAAACAAUAAAUUUAAGUACACUUAAUUAAUUUCUCUCAUGGUGAAUAAAUAAUUAAUACCUAUGUAAGCUUAACUCCAUUUCUCUAUUAUCUCUUUAAAGAAGCACAACCUCUAUUAUA